UGUAAUUCCUGAUCCAGUAGUUGCUGAAAAUAAUGUUACUCUUAGCAUUUUAGGACUUCUAAAUAAGGAUAUUGUGGAUAAUGGAUUUGCUAUAGUUGAUUUUUCAGAUAUAAAAAAUACACAACUAGGAGAAGAAGGUGUCACUCCUGUUUCUCCAACUAAAGCUGGAAAUGCAUUUUCGGUAAAUAUCACAUUUGAGGCACCAGAUGUUUUACCAGAUCCAUGCUUUAUAGCAGUUUUUGUUAUGGAUCAUAAGGGUGUUAAAGGUUAUAUAGCAGCGUGUGUUUAA